AUGGCUGAAGAUUCUCACCCUGCCUACCUCUCGCCUAGCGAGCUGGGCACAAAAGAUUACUGGGAAACCUACUACGCGCGCACCCUAGCGCACAUCUCCCACGAAACACCCAAUGCCAACCAAGAACAACCCAACCCAACGGAAAAUGAAGACUCAGGCGCGGACUCAGACCUAAACGAAGAAGAUGACCCAGGGACAUCCUGGUUCUCAGAACACAACGCCCCCGAAAAAGUCCUCCACUUCUUAACGCGCAAAUCCUUCCCUCUCUCCCCACGCAACACGCUCAAAUCCAAAUCCAAAUCUCAGCAUCAACCUUCCGUUCUGGAUCUGGGCACCGGCAAUGGGAGUAUGCUUGCACUGUUGAGGAAGAAGGGUGGGUUCCGCGGGGAUAUGGUUGGUGUUGAUUAUUCGCGGGGAAGUGUUGAGUUGGCUAGGGAGUUGCAGAGGGGCCGGGGACAUUCGGCUUAUCGGAGUGAUUCUGAGGAUGAGAUUGAAUCCGAGUCUGAGGAUGGAUCCGAGGGUGGGGAUGGUGCCCAGGCACAAGUCGAGAUUGAGAUUGAAGCACCACCCAUCCAAUUCGAAGAAUGGGAUAUCCUAGGCUCAACAGCUCCCCUCUCAGAAACCGGCCUCCCAGUUGAACCCACACCAACGCUCGAAAACAAUCUCAACUGGUUCCCCUAUUCCACCGGCGGCUUCGACAUAGUCUUAGACAAAGGAACCUUCGACGCCGUCUCGCUAGCCGAUGAUGCUAAGACUACUCGUGUUUGCGAGCGGUAUCCCGAUAUUGCGCGGCGGUUGACUCUGAUAUUUCACAACAAUGGCUUCUCAUGGUGGAUCAAAGUUAUCGCAGAUUGGCCUUUGCCUGAGACUAUAACAGAGCUUGGCUACUAUCAACGCCGGUCUUUAUUCCAAACCUUCCUUGAAGCAAUUGAUUUCGAACAAUUACAAUUGUUAGACAACACAGUAACAAAGAUCGCUUUGAGCCUGACUGAGCAAAACCAAAAUACAAUCACAAUCCGGGAUAUGUCUCGGGCCUCGACUAACUUCUUCAUCACGGUUGCUUAUCGGUUGCGCUGCAAUAUCACGGAAGAUCCAAUGAGAGUCAUAUACCCGAAUCUGGACCAAGACUUAAACAUCCAGACGUUUGAGGCUAGUUCUUUACAAAAUACCGAGUUUCUUGCCCCAACAGUCUCCACGGUCUUCGUUAAGCAACAAAAGUUCGCUUACAAAAUGAUUGACCGUCCCCUUUACGAACCUGAGGACACGAAUGCUAUCCUGAACGAGAUCGACGUCCUCGCACAAUUCUGUGGACAGCGAAACAUUGCCCAGCUAGUCGGUCUAGUCAUCUCAGAGAACCCAUACAAGACCAGCCCAUCAACCGAGAUGCCAGUAGUGAUCACAGGCUUCCUUCUUGAAUACUACGAUGGAGGGUCCCUCGAGCAAAGCAUAAACGAGAACGGUAUCCAAAAUGAUCCUUUGCCGAUAAAAUGGGCUGCCCAAAUCGGGCAAGCGUUAAGAUUAUUGCACACGAGCAAGCUAACUCAUCUUGACAUCAAGCCCUCGAAUAUCGUUUUAGAUGCUGCUGACAAUGCCAUCCUCAUUGAUAUUAGUGGGACUGGUGGAUAUACGUGGGAAUGGCUGUCACCGGAGAUGCAGGUUUCCAUACAACAAAGUAUUGAAAGCACUCCGUUCAAUAGACCAUUUGAGGUGCGGGUUGCUACGGAUUGUUGGGCUUAUGGGAGGUUACUCUCGAUUAUCACUGAGAUGAGUGCCCCUGGUGGCACUGGUGACAGAUUGCGAUUUAUCGCUGAUGCUUUGACCAGGGCGGCUCCUGAAUCUCGUGUCUCGUUACGUGAUGCUCUUGUGCAGUUGGAAGAGAAGGAGUAG